AUGCCAUCCGAUUCCCCGUCACGAGCAUUAAAGUACAGAGGGGCCACCGUUGAAGAUCUUGAUCUAGCAGCAUCCCUCUCAUGUUUUCCAACGGAUAGUAUCGACAUCGCCCUUCUUUCUGCAUUCGAACGAGACUACACUCAUCUUACCGUAAUCUCCUCAAGCAAUCGAGCCCUUCUAGGCUACCUACCUAUUCCGCACCUCCGUAUCCUUAUUGAUGUCGGCAAAGUUCAACAAACAGACCCAGUUUCGAAGGCAAUGAUUCGAUUCCGCCGCAAAGAGAAAGUCUUCAAGGUCAUCACCAUGCAGACACCGCUGGAAGAACUAGAGUUGUUUUUUGAAGGAAAUGAAAACGGAAAGCAGGAGUUUGCCAUCGUCACAGAUGAUCGGAGAAGAUUUGUUUUGGGCGUGGCCACCAAAUCUGAUUUGGAAGAAUUCACAAAAAAACGGCCUGCUUAG